AUGAAAUUUGGUCAAUUGAAUGUUGUACUGCAAAGCAUGCUGACAACAACUAUCAAUUCUCCACAACAUAAAAGAAUUCUUCGAAUGAAAGAUAAUUGGAAAGAUGUUUCUUCGUUAUCUACAAUUUAUCGAACGUACAAAGUGAAUGAAAAUCUUAAGAAAUUAAAAAGAGUCAGAGAAAUCCACUUGGAAUUAAUAAAAUGUGCCAGAAAUGUAAAUAAUGCUUAUGGUUUACAAAUUUUUAUAUUCAUGAUUAUAUCUCCUAUAUUUAUCUGUACAUUGUUAUACAGUCUAUAUUUUGUCUUAUUUGUAAACAAAUAUCACUCUUGGAUAAAAGAAAUCAAUAAGCGUUUCUAUUGGAUUUUUUUCCUCACCGUCCAGAUUUUUGCAAUAAGCAAUAUAUGCGAGACAACAAUGACAGAAAUUCAUGAUUUUACUUGUCAAUUAAUCCAAAAUCGUUUAACCUUCACCGCCUGCGGAUUCUAUGAUCUAGAUUAUACGUGUAUAUACAAUAUAACUGGUUUGAUUAUUACCUAUCUCGUUAUUCUUAUACAAAUCGGAGAUAGUCCUAAAGUAUUCUUCAACAAUACAAAUUAUAAUUCCACUCAAUAA